UUACCUCCCUGGGCAGCUUGGGGGUUCCUGCAGCAGCCACUACCUUACCCAACCCCUCCUACUCCCCAUCAUGUUGGUCAGUAACCCCCACCUGCUUACAUUGGAUGAAGCAGAUGCCACUUGGGCCCUCAUCAAAGAUAAGGUCAUCGAGGAGCGUUUUGGGUCCAAUGUAGUGGCAGUACCUUUCCUGUCGGAUGCAGCCUGCUAUGAUCUACUGGGCGUGCUAGUGAAACAGUCCCGUCCAGCCCACACGCGCCUAACUUUGCCAGGCCGACAGGGCAGAAGGGCACUGAAAUCAGUAGGGCUGCUACCAAAUCUUCUAGAACAGGCAGGGUCAGAGGGUGUCUUUGCCCACUGCACUCGGGAAUACUCACCAAAUGGCCGAGCCGAGAUAGCCUAUGAAGAAAUGCGAAUGUUGGAUGGGCAGCCCUGUCGCAUCCGCCUACAUAUGGGAGGCCUGCGCAAGAAGGUUGCCUUCCUGCUGCUACCACCAGGACAGGUGAGCCUACAGCAGAAUCUUCCCUGGCUCCGAAGCACCCACAGCAUCUACGUCAUCUACCAGGUCUUCUCCUGCACCUGGCUGCAGCUAGGGCUGUUACCUACAGCCCGUGAGCCCCAGCUACUCCGGUUACAGCGGCCACUACCUAUUGCUUUCUCCUGCCUCAAGUUUUCACUGCAGCCCAAGGGUGUGCUGGGACCACAGAAGUCUCUAACCAAAGACCCACUACCCCAAGGAGCUAACUGGGUUAGACCUAGCCUUAGCAUCUUAUCAACUCUGGCCCCUACAUCAGUACCUGCUGAUACCCUUGAAGUUGCUGAUGUAUCUCAACCUGUCCCAGCCCCACCUACACCUCCUCCCCAAGAAGGGCCAAAAGGCAGACCUACCAGAUUCUCCUAUAAGGGCCGAAACCCAUUCCGGAGGGGCCCCUAUAUGCUUUCAGGGUCUGUCCUCGGAGUUCGACAGCGACGAAUGAAGCUGAGGCAAGAGACGCAGGGGGCAAGGUCCCUAAGAUCUGACAUAGGGAUACUGGUCCCCAAUAAACAUCAGCUGCUGCACCCCCAAACCACCCUGGGCCUAUGUGCUUCUUCCUUCUAGGGUCCAGAAAAAUGAAGAGUCUCCACUUUCCCCUGAACAUCAAGUCCUCUCACCUUCUAAGAGUAAAGGGGCUAUCCUGAAACCCUAUUAUCAGUGUUACCACCAGAG